UUUCCUGCGCGCACCCCCUCUCCCGAUCUCCUUUUCUCUGCAGCCAAACCGCCGGCCUCACGCCCCCCAAGUUGUUGCUGCGCUGCCGCCGUGCUCCUCCACGCCAUCCGAUCCAGUGGCCCAACCGGCAAGUCUAUUGGCCUUACUCUCUCUCCGUUCCACUCUCUACAUCUCUUCUCUGCCCCAAUCUCUCCCCCUCUGCACUUGUAAGCCGCGCCACCCACUACGCCGCCGGUAGGUCUUUUUUUCUCCCGCUCGGUUCUUCUCCAGAUCUCUCUAUCUCUCUCUCUGAUCCGUCUCAGCGCCUUUCUCAUCGUGAUUCCGUGCUGUCACCGCCGUAGCCGUCUUUUCCACACCGCUGCGGAGCCCUUGCACCAAAUCUUCGCCUUAAACCCGUACGCCACUCACACUCUGCUUUGAUCGUGACUCCGCGCCGCGCCGCGCCGCGCCGCUACACCGAGUCCUUGUUUGAAUUCAGUCCACUCCAUUUUCAUUCAUUUUAUUGGUGUCGUUAGAUGAUUGUUACCAUGCUGGGUUUUGUGCGAUUCAUUUUCUGGGACUCUUUUAUUUCUUUGAUCUUGUGCCCUUGUUACGCCAUUGUCAGUAAGCAGGAGCUAGAUCUGGUGUUGGAGGUUAAUUCAUAGUGUCUAGCGGCCCCCAGUUUUUUUUAUUUUUUUGGAGGGGGGGUUCUCAAAGGGGUUCGUGCUGACUUCUGAUUCACAGGUGUAGCUAUCUAGUUCAACAACAUAAUAGCUAAAAAAGGAUAAUAUAAAAUAAAUAUGAAGUGUGAGAGAGAGGACAAGAAAACAACAGGAAGUUGGAUGACAUUGUAAGAUCAUUAAGCUUGGAGAAAAUUUGGAUGCAAGUCACCACUUGGGUUUUGUGCUUCAUCGUAUUUUGGAAUCAAGAAGAUGAAUUUUGCAGCAUCUUUAUGCAGGAGAUUGAAUCUUAGGGAGCUGGUUACUAAUGCUCCCGUUUACAGCAGUGCUAGUGGGGUUUCUGUGGAUGGAUUGAGUUUGAUGUUUAGGCGCUGGGCUACCAAGAAGACCGCAGGAUCCUCAAAGAAUGGAAGGGACUCAAAACCUAAGAACCUCGGGGUGAAGAAAUUUGGUGGAGAGAGAGUAAUACCUGGAAAUAUCAUUGUACGACAGCGUGGCACCCGCUUCCAUCCAGGAAACUAUGUUGGAAUGGGGAGGGAUCAUACUCUUUACGCUUUGAAACAAGGCCUGGUGAAGUUUGAGCGAAAUAAGCUAACUGGAAGAAAAUGGGUACAUGUCGAGCCCAAGGAGGGUCACGUUCUUCAUCCUGUGUACAACACAGAAGCCGUGGCUCCAAGGCUACAGACAACGGCCUAAAUCUCAUUGUCCACAUCAUGUGCUGGAACUUGCAACUCUUUGACCCCAAAUAGUGUCAUUUGAAAUUUUGUAGGUCAUUUGAAAUAGUGUCCUUGCGUAUGCUUGAAUGAAUAAUGAAAGACUGCUUUAGAAUGUAAUGCGUAUGCUUAGUAAAUUUCAUGGUCUGGGAAGCUGUGUGGCUGAGUUUCAUGUUGUUUUUCCUCUGUUUGCCCCAUGUAAACUGCAUAUGCUGUAUGCAGUUUAUGUUUAGACUAGGUGUCUUCCGGUUAAAGCUUGUGAAGAUAAAUGUCUAUCGAAUUGCGUUCGGAGCUCUUUGCAUGUGCUUUGUACAGUGUAUAUAGAAAAGGGCAAAGAUAGUUAGUAGUCUUUGACAUGUUAUCCGAAGAUGUAGGAAGUGCUGAGAAUAGAAUUGGUUCUGUCUGUAAUUCUAAA